UAUUUAUUUAGCUAGUUCCAUUCUAUAAUUGUCUUUGGUGUAGUCCAGCUGGUCUGGUCGGUGGUGAAAGACAUAGCACUCUUAGCACUUAUUUUAUUUAUUAUUUCAUCGUCAAUGGGUUUAAAAAAUGUACUUUACCUUUUCUUAUAACAACUCACUGGACGACAGGUUCCCUUCCUCCCCACAGGAAGACCUGGGUUCUCAACGGUUGUCCCGGGGGAAUCUGGUGCAGAAACUAACCGUAAUCAAAAGGAUCAAUCAACGGUUGGCAGACAAAGAUCAUCGAAGUUGGAAUAGUGACACUGGAUCAGUCACAGACAUGUCCAUGAUAUCAGAGUCUGACAGUGGUCUCUUCUACAGUCCACUGGAGGAGUCUCUCUGUGCCCACAUUGUAAAGACCAUUGUGGAGAGCCUCUCAGACGCUACGGACACUGUCCUGUGUUGCUCCAAACUGGUCCUACCAGAUCCUCUCCUGCACAACAUCAGUCGGGAGCUUCUCCAUCUGGCUGCUAGUGAGCCUUGCGGCCUCAAGGGGGCGCUCAUUGACCUGUGUGUGGAGCAGGGGGACCAACAAGGAGAACUGUGUAGUGUGGAGCAGAUAGCCGUUGACCAUAACCUGGUUCCAACCUUCCAUCUCACCCUCGUGCUACGGCCAGAGGUGGGGGGGUUGUGGCCCAAGGUGCAGAGGCUCUUUGGGGGCCGGAAGGCUGUGUCCCCCCAGAGGCAAAGUGGGAGACACACACUCAGGCUCAGUACCGGGUUCAGGGCUAUCAAAAGAAAGCUAUAUAGUUCAGGAGAACUGCUCGUUGAAGAGUGCUGACCUGGCAAGAGCUAUGGAUGUUUUGUAGUAGAUAUCAGACCUGAGUCUAAUAAUACAUAUCUGAAAUACUUUGAUACACUUAGUAUGCUGCACUUUGUUUGGUUUGCUUGGUGCAAUGGAACCAGUGUAAUGGUCCCAAAAGUGCAAAUCAAGCAUGCUUCAAUACUUUGACUAUGGUCGGAUGUAUAUAAUAUUGUCUGACUCUGGUCUGAUGUAUAUAUUGUCUAUGACUCUGGACUGAAGACAACACUACAUUGAGAGAAGCCUUGUAUGGCUCUGUGUGAUAGAAGUGAUUUCCAAUGUGGUCACCAAUGUACCUAAAGAAAACUCACUCCACUUCUGAAGCUGUGUAGGUACCUUGAAUAGUCAAAUUCUGAAGAUGCUUAUAAUUCCCAUAGUCGGGAAAGAAAAGCUUGUGCAACAAUGUUAACCAUGUAUUAUUUUUUUGUAUAUGCUAAAAUGUAUUACAUGUUUUCUAGGGAACACAUCUUAUGGCAGCUUUUCCACAUCAAUUGACAUGUGGAGACAAUUGAAUGUAAGAUAUGGCCAUAAAGACAAUGAAAAACUUCUGUUGUUGAACCAUGGAUUUGAUUAGACAGUAUUUAUUUGAACCAUGGAUUUGAUUAGAAAGUAUUUGAUACUCAUAUUCACCUGAACUGCUUUUUGUACUUUCUUUCAAGAACUUGAAACUGAAAAACUAAAAUACAUUUUCAAAUUAAAAUAUUCAUGUGAAA